UUCACUCGGCAAAGCGGUCAAGGUUUCCUAGGUGGCCUCGAGGGGCCGCCAUGGGGCAACAGGGAAGACCAAAGCUCCGCACCCCAGGAGCCGCCCCGCCGAAGGAGGAGCGGCCCGAGCCAGCCAGACCCGCCUCCCCGGACACGUCCGCGCGACUCGGGGCAUGUUUUUCCGGCUCGGGGAGCGUGCUUUUCCGGGGCGGGACUUCCUGGUCAUUCUGGCGCCCCGGCUGCGGAUCAGGUAGCAGGGUCUGCCAGGAGGUCGGUGUGGCCAGACGGGCCUCAGGCCCCAUGGAGAGGGCACUGCAGAGGACACCCGUUCUCGCUCGUCCUUCUUGAUCGUUUACGGACGCCCUGAGGUUUGGGCACUCCCCACCCCAGGGCUCUUCCACUUCCUCCUCGCAGGCUCCGCCCCCGGCGUCCUGUGGCCAUGGCGACCGCCCCGCGGGACUCAGUGGUGUGGAAGCUUGCGGGUCUGCUGCGGGAGUCGGGAGACGCAGUGCUGUCUGGCUGUAGCACGCUGAGCCUGCUCACAGCUACGCUGCAACAGCUGACACGCGUGUUUGAGUUGUACCUGGGGCCCUGGGGCCCGGGGCAGACGGGCUUUGUGGCUCUGCCCUCCCAUCCUGCCGACUCGCCCAUCAUCCUCCAGCUCCAGUUCCUUUUUGAUGUGCUGCAGAAGACACUGUCACUCAAGCUGGUCUACGUCCCUGGUCCUGGCCUCCCGGGACCCAUCAAGAUUUUUCCUUUCAAGUCCCUUCGACAGCUGGAGCUCCGAGGUGUCCCCCUCCACUGCCUGCAUGGCCUCCGCGCCAUCUACUCCCAGCUGGAGACCCUGAUUUGCAGCAGGAGCAUGCAAGCUUUGGAGGAGCUGCUGUCGGCCUGUGGAGGGGACCUGUGCUCUGCCCUCCCCUGGCUGGCCCUGCUCUCUGCUGACUUCAGCUACAAUGCACUGACGGCCUUAGACAGCUCCCUGCGUCUCCUGUCAGCUCUGCGCUUCUUGAAGCUGAGCCACAAUCAAAUCCAGGACUGCAAGGGCUUCCUCAUGGAUUUGUCGGAGCUCUACUAUCUGGACAUCUCCUACAACCGCUUGCAUUUGGUGCCAAGGAUGGGGCCCUCGGGAGCUGCCCUGAGGAUGCUGAUACUACGAGGCAAUGAGCUCCAGAGCCUGCGUGGCCUGGAGCAGCUGAGGAACCUGAGGCACCUGGAUGUGGCGUACAAUCUGCUGGAAGGACACAGGGAGCUGUCCCCUCUGUUGCUGCUGACGGAGCUCCGCAAGCUCUUCCUGGAGGGGAAUCCUUUAUGGUUCCACCCUGAGCACCGAGCGGCCACCGUGCAGUACUUGUCCCCGCGGGCCAGGGACACAACUUCUGGCUUCUUUCUUGAUGGUCGCGUCCUGUCAGCGAGGGACUUCCAGGCCCCUGCAUCCUCAGGGCUGGGCCCUCCUGCCACUCUUGUACCCUGGUCAGCAGGGAGUCUGACCGAAACCUCAGGUGGCCCUGAGCUGAGUGACAGCCUCUCCUCAGGGGGCAUUGUGCCCCAGCCCCCACUGCGGAAGGUUAAGAGCCGAGUGCGAGUGAGGAAGGCCAGCAUCUCCGAGCCCAGUGACACAGACCCGGAGCCGCGUACGCUGGACCCCUCCCCGGCCGAGUGGUUUGUGCAGCAGCACCGGGAGCUGGAGCUGCUCAACAGCUUCCGGGAGCGGUUCGGCUGUGAGUGGCUGCAGUACCGGAACCAUGUGGAGACCUCUGGGAGUGCCACGCCGGCUGCCUCCAAAGCUGAUGCCUGCAACAUGCCACCGCCACCGCCUCCUCGGGACUGCCCAGACCCAGAGCCUCUGCCCAGCCCUCCGCCCCCAGAGGAGGAAGCUGCAGGCACCGAGCUCUCCCCCCAAGAUAUGUUGGAGGAGGGAAGGUUGGGGCCGGAGCCACGGGAGGCAGAGGAGAGGGAGGAGCAGGAAGAAGAGGAGGAAGCAAAGGAGGAAGAAGAGGAGCAGGUACAGAAGGAAGUAGCAGCGGAGCUCUGCCGGCCCAUGCUGGUGUGUCGCCUGCAGGGCCCCGAGGGCCUGCGGGGCCAGGAGUGCUUUCUCCGGGUCACUGCUGCCCACUUGUUUGAGGUGGAACUUCAGGCAGCCCGGACUCUGGAGCGGCUGGAGCUGCAGUGCCUGGAGUCCGCUGAACUGGAGCCCGAGAUGUCAGCCCAGGAGGAGCCGGGGCCCGAGGGCUCAGGCCUGCUCCCUGGGGCGCCCAUCCUCCUGCUGCGCUUCUCCUACAUAUGCCCUGACCGGCGCUUGCGUCGCUAUGUGGUGCUGGAGCCCGAUGCCCAUGCAGCCAUCCAGGAGCUGCUUGCUGUUCUGACCCCAGUGACCGACAGAGCUCAGCAGCAGCUGCCUGGGGAAGCCAAGGAGCUGCCCAGGGGCAGAUUCCAGUGUCUGCGCUGUGGCAGGGAAGGUUGGAGGCCUCUGUGUGCAAAUACAGAAUCUCCUGCUGUGUGUCCAAACUGUGGCAGCGACCAUGUGGUUCUUCUGGCUGUGUCCGGGAGAAGCCCUGAUGACAGGGAGCAGAGCCAGGGACAGCAUUCGCCAGUUCCCUGUGAGUCCUCAAGCGCUGCCUGUGACGCCUCUGGCCACAGCGACCACUCUGCUGGGACUGCUGGCGACUCGCAUCAGGCUCCCAGCAGCUCCCACUCCCACAGCAGCUGGAGCCUCAGUCCCCCCCUCGAGCGCCAUGGCCUGCGCUCCGUGGACCACCGACUACGGCUCUUCCUGGAUGUUGAGGUGUUCAGUGAUGCUCAGGAGGAGUUCCAGUGCUGCAUCAAGGUGCCAGUGGUGUUGGCAGGUCUCACAGAAUUUCUGGGCCUUGUAGUUGUGUCCGAUCACAAGCUUUAUCUGUUGAAGGUGACAGGGGAGAUCUGCGGGCCUCCAGCCGGCUGGCUGCAGUCGACCCUGGCUGUUGCCCUGCAGGAUCUGAGUGGCAUAGAGCUGGGCCUGGCGGGGCAGAGCCUGCGGCUGGAGUGGGCAGCCGGGACCAGCGGCUGUAUGCUGCUGCCCCGAGAUGCCAGGCAUUGCCGGAUCUUCCUUGAGGAGCUGCUGGAUGUCUUGGGGUCUCUGCCCCCUACCCAGAGGAGCUGUGUCAGCGCCACAGAAGAGGAGGUGACCCCGCAGCACCGGCUCUGGCCACUACUGGAGAAGGACUGUUCCUCGGAGGGUCCCCGCUUCUUCUACCUUCGGGUGUUCCUGGUGGAAGGCCCCUCUCUAUGUCCUGUGUCUCUUCUGCUGACUCUGUCUACACUGUACCUGUUAGAUGAGGAUGCUGCAGGGUCCCUGGCAGAGCCCCCUCUUCCAACAGUUUCUGGCGAAGCCCCUGGGAAGGCCCUCGGGCCCUCCCUGCACGUGCGGGGCCAGCAGCCUCUAAGCAGUCUGAGUUCGGUGCUGCUCUAUCGUGCAGCCCCCGAAGCCCUGCGCCUGGUCUUCUAUGAUGAGGUGUCACGACUGGAGAGCUUUUGGGCACUCCGUGUUGUGUGUCGGGAGCAGCUGACAGCCCUGCUGGCUUGGAUCCGAGAGCCCUGGGAGGAGUUGUUUUCCAUUGGACUACGGAUGGUGACCCAGGAGGACCUUGACCGAUGAGACUCGUCCUCUGACCGUGGCUUAGACCUCAGGAGCCAUGCCAUGCCAUGGAUGGUGCUUCUCUGGCUUCCAGGCUCUGCUUGUGUACCCCUCUGGCCUCUGGGCCCCGGCCAGUGAGCCACCAGGUGGCACUGGGUGGAAGGGAAAGAGGAGAAGUGGUCUGGCCUCUGGAGUAGCAGGCCCAGGGCAUCCGGCCACAUGGCUGGGAGGAGCAUUCCUCCUGCACUUUUUCUCAGGUACUAAUAAAGUUGUUUCUAUCGCAGGUGUCUGUGGUGGUGCUUUGAUGUGUCACUCAUGGCCCAAUCAUUUUUCCCAA